GGGGUGGGGGGAGGUCACUUGCAGACAAAGACGGCAGCCUCGGCUGUUGCAGACACGGAGGAGGACACGGAGAAACGGACAACGCAGACAGAGACACAGACAGCGGGGACAGAGACACGGCCGAGCGUAGCGUCAGUCGCGUGUUGUCUGUCUCCGCACCCGGCAGGGCGCGUCCACGCUGCGUUUACAUGAUGCUCACUGCCGAUGGGACGUCGUUAAGUCAGAAUAAUCAAUAACAAUUAAUCAUCUGCCAAAGACGCGGUAAUGAUAUACUCGGGUCACUUGGAAGAUGUGCGUCAUGAAACUGCAAUGAAAAAGCACCAGGGGAGGCAGCUACCACAUCUGCCUCACUGAGGGGGCGUGUCUUGAGCCCACGUGAUUGACGCUCGCUCUCCACGUUAGCUAGCUCCAGCAAAAAAAUUCCAGCGGCUGCAAAAAUGGAAAACGUUAUAUCUAACCUUAAAAAUUUCCAAAAAUUGGACUUUCAAUCAAAGCAGGGAGUGAUAAACAAUGGAAGACCAAUGCCUGAGCUUGAGGAUCUACUUCAAACGAAGGGACAGAAAAUAACACGGUCGUUUCAAAUGGAGUGGUACCAACGAAAAGACUGGCUGUGUGGUUGUGCUACGAGGAAUCGCCUCUACUGCUUUCCCUGCCUUCUGUUCUCCACUACUGACAACGUUUGGACUAACGCGGGAUUUUGUGAUUUGAAAAAUCUACCAAGGAGCCUCAACAAACAUGAAAAAUCGACAACUCACAUUCAAAGCCAAAUUGCUUUAAAAACGUUUGGAGCUUCAAGGAUAGAUCUGGCUUUGAUUGAACAGCGGAGAUUAAAUGUCAGCAUCCACAAUGCUAAGGUAAAGGAAAACCGUGAGGUUUUAAAAGACCUUAUUAAUGCGACCUGCUUCCUAGCCAAACAAGACUUAGCAUUUUGUGGUAACGAUGAGAGUGCAAGCACUUCUAAUCGUGGCAACUUUGUGGAACUAUUACAUGCUUUUGCUGAGAAAGAUGAAAAGUUAGCAAGACAUUUGGAGACAUCCACUGUGUUUUCUGGCUUGUCAAACAGAAUACAGAACGAUUUAAUCGAAGCAGUCGGUGAUGUAAUUAGAAAUGAUAUCAAAGAGGAGAUUCAUGCAGCCCCAUUUGUUGCAGUCGAAGUAGACGAGACAACGGAUGUCACAAACAAAGCCCAGGUCUCUGUAAUGUUGCGUUAUGUCGCUAAAAGUGAGGUGACUUGUGAGGUGAGGGAGGCGUUCUUGGGAUUUGAUGAUGUCGGUGAUGACAGACAAGCACCGGCUAUUGCUGAUUAUGUUUUGGGAGUGUUGGGGAAAUACAAUUGCGUUGAAAAGCUGGUAGCUCAGACUUACGACGGAGCCUCUGUGAUGGCAUCAGAUCUUAAUGAGGUGCAGGCCAAGAUUAAAGAAAAGGUACCUGAAGCCAGGUUUACCCAUUGUUAUGCACACAAAUUGAACCUGGUGCUCUCUCAUUCAGCAAAAUGUAUGCCUGAGUGUAAAACGUUUUUUAAAACAGUUGAGGGACUUGCGAUGUUUUUCAAUAAGUCGACCAAGCGCACCCACCUACUGGACGAUGUUGUGAAGCGACGUUUACCAAGAGCAGCGCCCACGAGAUGGAGCUCAAAUUCUAGACUAGUUCAGACAAUCAGCAUGUACCAAUCUGAUCUGAGUGCUGUGUUCCGGAUUAUGAGCGAAAAUCCCGAUGGUUGGGACAAUGACACCCUGAUGAUGGCCGCCGGAUAUGAUCUCUGGCUGUCAAAAGCAUCAACCUGCUUCUUCAUAAUGACAUAUGAGGGCAUUUUCAAUGAAACCGAUGCACUCUGUCGUGUGCUGCAGAAUAAAGUAAUGGACAUUGGAUUCUGCUGUGCACGAAUCCGCAGCACAAUGGGAGUUGUGGAACGCCAGAGACAAGAGUUUGACAGUUUCUAUGAUCGAUUCGAGCAGAAAUGCGUCACACUUGGCCUGACAGACAAUACCCGAAGUAAACAGCCGAUCAGAAAUGAGAGGAAAAUAAUGUUUCAUAACAUUCUGGACAAUAUCAGUGUUCAAAUGAAAGCUAGGUUUGAUCAUUUCAGUGAGCUAACUUUCCUUGGUUUGGUUGAUUGCACGAAAUUUUAUGAAAUGUCACAACAUUUCGAUGACACCAAACUGCAGAGCCUAUCAAAAUAUGCAAGGUACUUUGACUUUGUUCGACUAAAGGCUGAUCUUAUCGGAUUGUAUAGUUCACAAAUGGUGAGGAACGAAUGCAAAUCACCUGGACAGCUCCUCAGCUUUUUGGCCCAGAAUGAUCUGAUGCAGACGGUUCCCGAGGCGACAAAGUUACUCCAGCUGGUGCUCACUAUACCAGCUACAACAGCGUCCGUUGAAAGGUCGUUCUCUGCUUUGAAACGACUCAAAACAUACAGUCGGAAUCGGACUGACCAAGGACGACAUUCAUCCCUGGCAAUCAUCUCUAUUGAGAUGGAGAGACUUUUAAAACUAAAAGAAAAUAAAGAGGACUUCUACAACAAAGUCACUGACAUAUUUGUCCAGAAGGAAAGGCGAAUGGACUUCGUAAAUAAACAAGUAAAGAUAUCUUCAUAUAUGGAAUGUCGGGUCAUCAAACAAGAAGACGAAGAUAGUCCAUGCUCUGGGAUGUGUCCUGACUUCACUGUUAAAUAUGAAGAUGCUGCUGUUCUAGAAUCAACGAAUGUUCAAGUUGAAGAAACCAGCGAGAGGCCAGAGGAGAUGGGGAAUUCCUGCGGACGUGCCUACACGUCGGACCAGAAUUUCAUUGAGGUGGAGCUGUCGGAGGAGGACAUUGCUGAAGACGAAGCAAAAUAAAUGGAACUCCUGUGCGAGGAGUGCGGGAAGGGAGGAGGAUGCGUCAACGCGAUGAAAGACAAAGCGGAAUGUGCCAGCAAGACCUCGCGAGCCUGCGGGCAGUGCGGGAAGUCGCUCGAAGGCACCACACUGCUCGUGGCGGUCACCUCCGAUGGGAGAAAGCACACGUGCGAAGAUUGUGGAAAGGCAUUUGCAACGUGGUACACCUUAAAAAAACAUUCCAGGGUACACAGCGGAGAAUGGCCACACGUGUGCAUCGAGUGUGGGAAGGGGUUCGCAACUCGCUUUGACUUGGAGAAGCACGCUAAAGUACACACCUGUGAGAAGCUGUACGUGUGCAAGGAGUGCGGGAAGGGCUUUGCAAGCGCGCCCAUUUAGAGGCGCACUCCGUCUCGCACACGGGCGAGUGGCGGCAUGUGUGCAAGGAGUGCGGCAAGGGCUUUGCGCAAUGUUCAGACUGAGAGAGGCACACGAGGACGCAAACGGACGAGAAGCCGCACGUUUGCAAGGAGUGUGGCAAGGAGUUUUCACGGAUCUACACUUUAAAGAGACAUUCGGUAACGCACGCCCUAGAAUGAAACUUUGAAUCGAAUUUUUGUUGGUGUUGAAAGCAAUGGUGAUUGUUUUUUUUAUCCGCUGCUCCUGCCCCAUCGUAUACUCUUAAAUAACAUGUUUAUUAUUAUGCGUCUUUACCAUGGAGAGCCUCACUGAGUCUCAAUAUUUUUGAGGGAUGGUCUUGCUGUUUUUUUCAUAACAUCCUGAUUGAGUAAAUUUGCAAGUCAUUUGUUUUGCAUCUGGAUAUUUAUCCAAUAGUUGUUAUGUUUACAUCGUCUCCUAGCUAUGGGGAGGAAAUAUUGUAACCCAAAGGAAUCCUAUGCGGAACAGUAAAACUAAAUACAAACUCCACCAUAGAAAGGUGGGCAAGCCAGAGAAUCGAAGCUCGGGACAUGAGGCAAAAUCGCUACCACUGCACAAAACCUGUGAAAUGACAGUCGAGCCUACAUGUGGUGUGAGUGGACAGUAAUACUAUAUCUCGGUAUGGUUUCUUCGAUUUGCGUGAGUUCCCUGUUCCGCGUGGUUCAUCUUUCCAUUCGUAGUAAAUAUUAACGCUUGGUUUUGUUCAUGGUUCCUUUAUCAGCGCCUGUCGUUACACGUUUAAAACAAAUCUAGUUUACUUUGGCUUGCAGUGCACUGUGGAAUAAAGCUUCAGAAAUUAAUAAUGUAUGUAUAGUGGAGGUGUCCUCCCUCCCCCCCACAUACGUCAAUUAGAUUGAUAAUUUUUCUUUAAUACGUAGAAUUAUUACCUUAUUUGGUUCAGGCUUCCUUUGUUUCGUUACAAUGAUUUUUUUUAAAAUUCUGAAUAAAAAUUGUUAGUUGAAAAAAACGGUAGGAAAUGCAAGUUUUGUCAUUAGUCCAUUAUACGGACUGUACGGACUGUGUGGUCAACUACGCUUUGGUUUGUACGCAUAGUACGUUCCACCACACGGGAAGGCAAAGGCUCCUACUGCCCCUCCCUCACCCUCCCAGUCACCCCUCCACCCCUCACCACCUCACCUACUGCCCCUCCCUUACCCUCCCAGUCACCCCUCCACCCCUCACGACUUCAUCUACUGCACCUCCCUCACUCUCCCAGUCAUCCCUCAACACCUCACCACCUCACUACUCACCUAUUGCCCCUCCCUGACCAUCCCAUUCACCCCUCAACACGCCACAUGGCGGGCAUAAAUGCCCGUCAUAAUGUCCUGGCAGUGACUCAAAACGCAGACCACGAUGAUGUAUGUGAAAACGGAAUAGGGAAACACGACUUACCAACGAUAUCGCCUUUCAACUCCCCAACCAAACCCCUUUCUGAAUUCUCGUUUCUCCACGCAAAACUGUGGACUGUGGGGGCACUAUCUCUCACACACAAUCGAAAGGUAAAAGAUAGUACUUUCCAACGGCAGCUGUGUUAGUGGAACAAGGUGCAGUGCACGGUGUCAUCUACUACCCAUCAAGAGAGACCCAUUGAAUGGUGGCACCAAAGCAUUUCACUGGCUUUAUGACUUGGGUUGUUGAACGAUAACCGGUAACCGUUUUCAAAAUCGAUCACAGGUUCCGAAAGUUGGGGAGCCAUUAAUCGUUUCUGGUGGGAUAUCUCAUGGAAUUUUAUUAACGAAGGAAUGCACUGAUUUGGUGGUUACAUCACAGAAGGGUCUCUAGCAAAGAAAGCUCUAUAGCAGUGGAUUCUCAACCCUUGUUUGGGUACUGUACCCCCCUUGUUGAAUUUUUUUUCAACCGAGUGCACCCCCCCUUGCCUGACCUAAUGUGGUUCUGAGAAAUAAAUGUGUAGGGGACUGCGAAGAGAAAGUGUUAAAUUGUACAAGUUGAGUGAUUGGGAACAGGUGGCCGAGAGCUGCAUAAAGGAGACAGCGAAAUGUACACGUUGAGAUAUCGUGGGGUGAAGGGCAGUGUCCAAUAGGAGCGGGGCCGAUAGGGUAUAUAAGGAUUAGAGGUCGACCGAAAUUCGGUUUCGCUUUCGGCACCGAAAGUUGGCAAAUGGCCUCUUUCGGCAUACUUUCGGUUUCGGCCGAAAGUAAAUUUUUUACUUUUGGUUUUGGCCGAAAGUAAAUUUUUUACUUUCGGUCUGGUUUCGGUUUCGGCCGAAACUGAUAUUGACUUUCGGUCAUCAUUCGUAAACCGAAGAUCUAUUUUUAGAAUAUAACGCUAGUGCUACAUCUAUCACUGCCUAUCGGCUGGUCAGUCGGCGCUAGGCAAUCCUAUGUAAUAGGCUGUAAACACACACGUCAGCAGCAGCAGCUUGGGAGCGAGGUUACAGCCGGAACCAUGGUCUGCUAAUGUAUAUACGACCGGUUAACAGACGGCAGCCUGUCUGGCUGAAUGCGGAAAAACUGUUGUUUCUUAACUACAACAUUCGUUUGUUUGGAUAUAAUUACUAAGUAAGGAACACCUAAAGAUUUGAUAUUUAGUGACUCUUACUGCAGGCUCUGAAUGAUUAGUUCUAGAUUUCUUUUUAAUUAAAGUAGCAUUGCAUCAUGACAUAUUUCAUAAAUGUUGUGUUCGGUAACUUCGGUUAUAUACCUUUAGGUCUCGGUCGAAAGUGUAGUUAAAGUUUCGGCUUCGGUUUCGGCCGAAAGUGUAGUUAAACUUUCGGUUUCGGCCGAAAGUGAAGUUAAAGUUUCGGCUUCGGUUUCGGCCGAAACCAGAAAUUCUAUUUCGGUCAGCCUCUAAUAAGGAUAUAAGGAGAGUGAGGCCAGCAGUCUGGGUGCUUGCCUAGGGACCUACAAGCUACAAGGUGGAAGACAUCAGGGCUGACUGUUCACGGAGUGACGAGGUGGAAACCAUCGGACCUGACUGAUCACGGAGUUCUAAAUACAAUAUUCUUUAGAAAUAAAGACUUCACCUUUUUAAAAUGGACGUCUCCAAGGAGCUUAUUUAAAAAUGUAUAGAUUAUGAACAUUAAUAUAUUAACCAAUUAUCCAUUUCGUGAGG